GUUUUCAGUCUUAUGUUCCAUAUCAAUACUAUUAAAAAUAGGUAAUUUCAAGAAGAAAUAUUUAGUUCAGUCAUGUUGCCUCCACUUUUUGAGAUGGAAGAUUAUGAAAGCUGUAUUAAACAAGGCAAUUUAUAUUGUAAAGUAGAUGCAGUUUUGAAAGUCCCUUUUAAUAACACGAGCGUUCAGAGAGAAAUAAAUGAAUAUGUUUCAAAUCAUGAUACAUUUGAUCGCAGCGUCAUACAUAGAGCAAUAUGUCUACCAACACAAAGUUUGUCUAGUAACGAACCUCUUGAGAAGCAAUUAUCAGAACUUAUAAAUAUAAAAAUAGGAAGUUAUAAUUUGACUACGGAAGUUGAUUAUCACGUCUGUUCAAGUCAAAAUAUUCCAGUAACGUUAUUUGAUAAUAUCUAUUUAUAUUCUUAUGCUGCCUACAUUGUUUUAGUUUUAUUUGCAACGUUUUAUGAAGCUGUAACUAAAACAUCAUCUAAAGGUUAGUAAUAGCUUAUUUCAACAAAUAGAUACUUUUAA